AAGUAAUUGGUAAGAAACAAUGAAUUGAGGCACAAAUUAUUUGGCCACUUAUCAAACCGAGUCGCUACUAUGAGAGCAAUAUUUGAAACAGCGCAGCUUUUCCUAACGGUGGCACUUUUGGUGGUAACUGAACAAGUCGCCGGCUUGGUGUCGGACUUAAGUCACGGUUAUUGGACCAACACCACAAACUGUCGUAACCUCCCGGAUUACUUCACCGUGAACAAAGUGAUCCAGAAAAACUUGCACGAAGACGGGACUUGGGUUAGAGCAGAAUACUUCAACAUGGCCGUACACUGUGGAACUCACCUGGACGCGCCGUACCACGCUUACAGUCGCGGCUGGAAGCUGGGUGAAAUACCGCUGGAACGGUUCAUCGUAGAAGGUGUACAUAUCAACGUCAGCAAAGAAGUCAAUGGAAAUGCAGAUUUCGUUUUGACAGUCGAUCAUUUGGAAGCAUGGGAAAAAUUGAACGGUCCGAUUCCUUCUAGGUCUGUUGUUUUGGUUAACUUUGGAUGGGCGCACAGGUUUGGUGAUCGUUUGGCAACCUACAACAGCACAGAUCGGUCGGCGGAACGUUUUCCUGGCAUAUCAGCACCAGCAGCUCAGUGGAUUGUCAACACCGGUAAAGUCUACGGGGUCGGAGUGGAUGGCCCAAGUGUCGAUCCGGGAAGAUCGAAAGAUUUCGAAGUACACAGAACUAUUACCAAAGCGAAUAUGUACAUUUUAGAAAACGUAGCUCUAAACGGUACACGGUUGCCUUCCAGGGGAUUUAAACUAAUUGCACAACCGUUUAAGUUCUUAGACGGCACCGGAGGACCUUGUAGGAUUUUAGCUUUCACCGAAUAAUUAUUAUUGUAACACUUAUAGUAGAUGUCACGGUGACAAUACCUCUGACAAAAAAUAGACAAAAAAUAUAUAUAUUUUUUUGAAUUUCAUUUAUAUAUUAGGUACUCAAACGUGAAUCGUCUUGUUGUUGUAUUUCGUUAUCUAAA